AUGAUGCUCUGUCCUGACCGGCCUGAAUCCGACCUGUCUUGGGGACAAACGGACACGGAGACCCUUCUGGACACUUUCAAUGUGCAGUGUGGGUCCAUGCCAGCUGAACCUGAGGAGGGAGAUGGUAUGCGCUCUGUGCAUUUUCCCACUCUCAGCAGGGAGGAGAAAAGGCGGAGGAGGCGUGCCACAGCUAAAUAUCGAUGUGCGCACGCCACCAGGGAGAGGGUCCGUGUGGUGGCCUUCAACAGGGCCUUUGCAGAGCUGAGAAAACUGCUCCCAACACUACCACCAGACAAGAAGUUGUCCAAGAUUGAGAUCUUGAGACUUGCAAUUUGUUACAUCUCCUACCUCAACCACGUACUGGAUGUUUAG